CUGGGAGCACUGGGAACACUGGCACACUCAGUCCUGGGAUCCAUGUUUUCUGUGUGUUCGGGGCUUGAAUCCCCAGUAUUUAGUGUUCUCUACCUUUGUGAGGCCGUGUGUUCAUGGGAGACCCGCGGGGUGCUCAAGGUCUUCCUGGAGAAUGUCAUCCGGGACGCCGUCACCUACACCGAGCACGCCAAGAGGAAGACCGUGACCGCCAUGGACGUGGUGUACGCGCUCAAGAGGCAGGGCCGCACUCUGUACGGCUUCGGCGGUUAA